AUCUCGAUUUUCAUUGGUUGAUAAUCAAGAGCAGGUUAAAAUAAGGGAAGAAGUCGGAGUUUCCGAAUACACUGACAGCACGGCUUUUGGGGGAAGAAGACAGCAUUCUCACGGCGGUCGGUUUUGCACGAAAUAUUUAGUGUACAUAUUAUAAAAGAAACCAGCCAUGUCUUCAACGUCACUAUUGGUGGUUGUCAGAAAUUUCUACGAUGAGUACAUGAAGAAAACUCCCAAGAAAUUAAAGAUUGUUGAUGCCUACCUCUUCUAUGUUCUGUUGACUGGGAUCAUCCAGUUUGUGUAUUGCUGUCUAGUGGGAACCUUCCCCUUCAACUCCUUCCUGUCUGGCUUCAUCAGUACCGUUGGCUGCUUUGUUUUAGGGGUAAGCUUGAGACUGCAGGCAAACCCUCAGAACAAAAUGCAGUUUAUUGGCAUCUCCCCAGAACGAGGCUUUGCAGAUUUCAUCUUUGCCCACAUUAUCCUUCAUCUGGUCACUGUUAACUUCAUUGGUUAACAAGGGACGAUCAAAUAUUUUGUUGGUUUUCUUUAAAGAAUGUGAAAUGUUCUAAGAUCAUGUAUACAGGAUAUAAAUGGUCACUAAAGAACCCAUGUUAUUUUCAAAGCAGCAGAUUAAUUUACAUUCCCAUGUGCGUGUGAGGUUUAACGAUUGGAAUUUGUUCAUGAAGUCACCAAUAAAUUUAUAGUUAACGGA